CUGUAGUGUGGCCGCUCGGCUUGACAGCCGGGUGCCAAGUGCUUGCAGUCUCUGGCCAUCUCCUGUACUAUGUCCGCAGUCUCUGGCCAUCUCCUGUACUAUGUCUGCAGUCUCUGGUCAUCCCCUGUACUGUGUCCGCAGUCUCUGGUCAUCUCCUGUACUGUGUCCGCAGUCUCUGGUCAUCUCCUGUACUGUGUCCGCAGUCUCUGGUCAUCUCCUGUACUGUGUCCACAGUCUCUGGUCAUCUCCUGUACUAUGUCUGCAGUCUCUGGUCAUCUCCUGUACUAUGUCCACAGUCUCUGCUCAUCUCCUGUACUAUGUCCGCAG